AUGACAGCGCACCCUACAGCAUCAUGGUCCGCCAUGCAAGAUGGGAAUGUCUUUUACCGGCGGCAGCAGCUAUAUUCUACAUCUGGCAAGCUUCCCAACCUGAACGAAUAUAUAGUUGCUGGUUGCAAGUAUGGUGGCCCGUUGGCAAUGAUGCGUGAUACAACGAAAGUUAUAUCCAUCGGCGGCACGAAUCCUGCACUGAACAAGGCCCAAAUUCAAAUAUAUUCACCAGCUGGCGAUGGCAUGCUCCUGUUCAGUUGGGACAACGGCAAAAUCGUGCGGUUUGGAUGGACAGAUGACGAGCGCCUGGUCAUUCUGAACGAGGAAGGUGUAUACCGCCUGUAUGACCUGCAAGGAGAUUACCAGCAAUAUUCGCUCGGCAGCGAAGCUGGUGAACUCGGAAUUGUAGAUGCAUGCAUCUACGAAAGCGGACUUGUCGCUAUCACUGGCUCCUUGACAUUGUUAGAAGUUAAAGGAUGGGAAGGAGCGAGGCCGCUGUCUUUGGCUAAUCCAGGCUUGACAUCACCACCGCACGCAUGGGCGGUGAUUCCACCCGAUCUUAACAUUUCGCGGCAUGUGGAGGUUCUCUUAUCAGUCGAGGCCACCAUAUACAGCGUUGAUAACCUCGAAGUUGUCGACCAACGACUUUCUCGCGGCCCAUUCACUCAUCUCUCCCCCUCUCCGAACGGAAAAUCUCUCGCUCUUCUCACAUUUUCUGGGCUUCUAUUGGUUGUGUCCACGGAUUUUCAGCGAAGCAUGGCCGAAUUUGAUACUAGCACCGCCCAACAUGCCGAUGGUUCGGUGCGGCAGAUUGUCUGGUGCGGGAAUGAUGCUAUUUUGGUGACUUGGGAUGCAUUUGCGCUUCUCGUUGGGCCCUUUGGAGAUACCCUUGAAUACUUUUACUCAGGACCAAUCUUCGCCGUCACCGAACCAGACGGCGUGCGAUUGAUGAGCCCUGAGGUCUGUGAUUUGGUGCAAAAGGUCCCCGCUUCUACUGUGUCCGUGUUUCGGCCAGGUUCGACUUCUCCAUCAGCGAUGCUAUAUGAUGCAUGGGAAAGCUUUUCGCAGCGGUCACCCAAAGCUGAUGAAAGUAUUCGUAGCAUACGCCCUGAGCUCGCGUCAGCGGUGAACGAGUGUAUCGACGCUGCAGGCCACGAAUGGGAGCCAUAUUGGCAACGACGACUGAUGAACGCCGCCAAGUUUGGGCGCGGUUUUCUCGAUUUAUUCAAUCCCUCGGACUUCGUAACUAUGGGGCAAACACUCAAAGUGCUUAACUCAGUUAGAUUCUACGAGAUUAGUGUUCCACUCACGUAUACGCAAUACCUCCAUGCAUCACCGUCCCAUUUGGUUGCUAGAUUGACCGCUCGAAACCUCCACUUACUUGCGCAUAGAAUUUCAACUUACCUGUCGCUGAAGCCGGAUGCCGUGCUGAAGCACUGGGCAAGUGCUAAAGUCCUCCAUUCACGGCCGUCAGGAUCUGGCACAGCAACGGUCACGGAUGCAUCUGCGGAUGAUGAGGUCUGUCAACUUAUCGUGGAUAAAUUCCGUAAACUUGGUGGUCCAGAAGUGAGCUUUGCGGACAUUGCCAAACGCGCCUGGGAGGCGGGUCGCACUGGUUUAGCGACAAAGCUGCUUGAUCAUGAGUCCAGGGCGUCCGAUCAGGUACCACUACUACUGACGAUGAAGGAAGAUAGACUCGCGCUUAUCAAGGCUGUUGAUAGUGGUGACACCGACCUUGUCUAUCACGUCUUGUUACACCUAUACAACAGACUUCCACUCGGUACCUUUUUCAGGCUCAUAGAAGAUGGAGGAGAGCGACUGACACUCGCAAGCCGCCUCCUGCAAGUCUAUGCGCGAGAACAAAACCGAGAGAUGCUCAGGGACUUCUACUAUUCCGAUGACCGCCGGGUAGAAAGCGCAGUGCUAUCUCUAGAGGAAUCUACACAAAUCCUUGACCCGGCAUCUAAAAUCAACGCUGUCAAGGCGGCUCAGAAAUUCUUUUCAGAAGAUAAAGAUCGUGCAUUUGAAGCCAAGAUGAUGGACGAAAGCGUUCGUUUGUUGAAUUUACAAAUGCAGUUGGAGCAAGAGACUGAUGGGAAGAUUACAUUUUCCGGUCUGAGCGUCAACGACACCAUUCAUACAUGCCUCGUCAACGGCAUGGCCAAACGGGCUGAUAAGGUCAAGUCUGAUUUCAAGGUACCAGAUAAAAGGUUUUGGUAUCUCAAGUUAUACGCCCUGACUUCCACACGCGACUUUGAAGGGCUUGAGGCGUUUACGAAAUCGAAACGAAGCCCGAUCGGUUACGAACCCUUCGUGAACCAUCUCGUUGAGAAGGGUUUCUCAAAAGAAGCGGCGACGUAUGUUUCUCGUUGCGAUUCACCUCGGAGGCCAGACCUAUACGUGAAAUGUGGCGAGUGGCGCAAGGCAGGUGAAGAAUGCAAAACGCGGGGAGACAAGGCAAAAUUGAUGGAGUUGCGUAAGAAGGCCCCCAAUUCACUGAUAGAGCGAGAAUUAGAUCAAAUAGCCACUUCCAUGCGAUGA